AUACAUUUAAUUACCUAAAUAAAUGGUCCUCUUUUUUUUUAAGAAGGCAUACAUUGAAAAUUAAACUAAAAUUUAUCUAACAAUAAAGUGUGUGUUUCAUUGCUUAUGUAGUGCUAAAUAUUUCUGAAAACAUAACCUCCUAAAAUGGUAUUCGAGAUGCGAAUGAAAAGCGUCAAGAAAAAGCCAAUUAAUGUGAGAUGUAAAAGUGCUGAUAGUGGCGUUUCUGUGGCCCUAAGUAAAACAUGUGACAGACGCACCACAAAAUCAUCAAACAGUGAAAUAAAUGAUAUUGAAGAAGAACAUCUAGAUUUUGAGCCAGAUUUUGGAGAUGGAUUUGAUAAUAACUCCCAGAGUCAGUCUAUGUUUGAAUCACAACAUAUUUAUAGCGGUCAGUCCACAGUUAAGGAUUUUAAUCUAGAUAACGAAGAAUAUAUUAAUAGCACCUUCUCUGCCUCCGAAUCUGCAGCUGUCGACAAUUAUAGCCUCUCAAAUGUAUCAAUUGCCCAUAGAAGAGAUAUGCUGCCAGUACCUCAUUCUGAUGCAAAAGAUGGAAGACAAUAUCAAUAUUUGCCAUUAUGUUUCACGCCAAGUAUCAGUGGGAGAACAACUCUAGACAGUUCAAGUGAAGAUAGUAUAAAUUCUGAGAUAGAUACGAAUUGUGAUGUCGAUGUACAGGACGAUAAUACCAGGGACCAAUAUACUAUUCAAUCAGGAAACAGAAAUGAGGAAACUUCAAGUGUGUGCAGCAUAACCCAAGAAGAAGAGGACAGACUGCUAGAUAGUAGCGGGGAUGAAUCUCAAGACAGCAGCAAUUUCGAAAUCCAAACGGGCUCUGUAGAAACUUGCCAGAUCGGCAACGCACGUAUAACUCUGCCGAAAUUUAUCAGCAGUUCUCCCAAACAAUAUCAAACUAACGAUCUGAAAAGGAACAAUUCCACUGCAAAAUUAAAAAUGUUUGAGUGUAGGAAGAAGAAAAAAAAGUGGGAUUUACAGUUUAAACCGGAACAUCCGAUCUCUCGGGUAUUUCUGAACGACAUAGGUUACGUAGAUGUUAAAAGUGAAGACAGUGAUGAGGAGUCUCAGGUCAGAAAUAAUUUACCGCAACCACAAUUUGGCUCAUUGAUAGUUAUUUGUAAUAAGGAUAAAAUUACUUGCGAGGAACCUCGAGCAAAUUGUCAAAGAGAAUUCAUUUCUCUUCCUAAAAAUGAGGAAAAUAACUUCAAAUUACCAUUGCCGCCUCCAAAAAGACCACCUACAAGACCUAAAAGAACUGUUUCUAACACCGAGGGUUCUAGUACAAAUCUACAAAUUAAAUUUUCAAAUAAAGGUGACGACUUUAUCCGAAAACCGUCAACUUUUGUAGUCCCUCAGGAUUUCAGCUCGGCAGGAAGUUUUCAAGAUGAACAUGUUACUGGCCCGGACAAGGAUGACACUAUAUCGAUAUUGGCUUCUUCUAUCGGGGUCGAUAAUGUUGACGACAUAGCAAAUUUAGACCAGUUAGAAGACAUGAAUUAUGGGUGUUCGGAUCAGCCGAAUUAUUUUGAAACGAACGAGAAUCCUAGUUACAUUGAAGAUCGCGUAAAACAAUGGGUUCAAAAUGUCCCCAAUCCUCAAACCUCCCCGAAGAACAUUCAAAGUAUGUUAAAUAGUAACCAAACAUCGCCCAGAUCACCGUUAAAUUCUAAUGAAGGUGGACUUAUGCCUCCAGUUUCAGCGAAAGGUAACCCUCGAGUAAACUUUCGAACUAUCCCGAAUGUGUUCAGUGGCUUGUGUUUCCAUUAUUAUUUUUCCGCAAAUUGUUUGAAACUAAAUUGUACCUUAGCGCAUAUCGUAAACGUAGAAAGAUUUAUUCAUAAAAUUCAGAGAGUCGACCCUAACGAAAUAUUCAAACAUUUCCAAUUUUCAAUGUGUUCAGAAAAAUUAUUCAGGGAAAUAUAUCCUUCAUUUGUUGCUGCAUUUGGAAAGCUCAAAAUGCAGAAUGAACUGAUUGCAUGCAUAAAAUAUUUUUUACAAAUGAAGGACAUCGACUGCACGGAAGCCACAGAUUCUGUUGUCAAAGCCUUAGGAGAAUCCGGCCUCUCCUUCCAGGAUGCUAUCGAGAUGAUUUCUUUUAAUAUCGGAUUCUUAGAGCAUCCUAUACUAGCUGACAUUUUGCUGGAUCUAAUAACCAGAACAAAUGAUAUAUCCGAGAAUUGGGCAGUUAUCAAACGAAUAUUGAAGGCAAGGGGCAAAAUCAAGCCCUCGAUUGUCUCUAGAAUAUUCUUGAGGAUGGUAAACGUUUAUCCAGUGAAUAAGGAACUGUGUCGCGAAAUUUACAACACGAUCGUGAAGAACAAUAUGACCGACCUGUCGAAGAUCAGCGAAGACGUCCUGAUACCCGUCCGAACCUUAGUUGAUUUCCAAGACGGAACAGCUAAGUCGAUCACGAAACCUUCCAUUCCCGACGCCCAACUAAAGGCCCUGUCGAACCCGAAUCCUCAAGAAUUGCUAGCCGCUCAUAUAGACAACAAACUGAUAAAAGAAAGAGAGCUCUACGAGAGGGAAGUCGAAGGGACGACUGUGAGAGCGAGAAUUGACCUCGAACCCAACCAUCCUGUAAGAAAUCCCAAUUACGAGUCUCGACGAACUUCCUCUUCUGAUAAUCACAGCCAGAGUUCGGGUUCAGAGGAACGGUAUUUCCAGCCAAAUCCAAGGCUAAGCCCUUUCGCGCCGAGAGAUUACGCUUUGCCGAUUGCCACGAUAAAAAGCCGGUAUCUAAGGAACGAGUUCUCUCGGACCGCGCCUAGUACUUCAAAUAACCCUUUUGAACAGGAUAACGUCGAUCUUAACACUGCCCUUCGUUUUGAACCACCCUCGGAAGUUAGUGAAUACAUUCCGGAAAAUGUUAGGGUAACUAACAGGAGGGGUGAACCUCAAGAAGCCGAAAUCAGCUUGAAACCGUCCAGGCCAAUUUUUGGAAGCCCGUGUUACAGAAGCGACUUUAAUUUUAACAAGUCGGUUCAUAACCUGUUACCGGACAGUUUCGAACAUGUCAACAUCAACGAGAGAGACGUCGCCAAACUCAAUUCUGUGAUCAAGUCUAAAAAUGGUACCGAAUUUUACGAACUACUUCAGUAUUAUAAGAGCCCGCCGACUCUGCAGAAUUUCAUUACGAUGACAAUAGCUAACCUCAAAUUAUCUACCAGUAGUAUACACGACACACUUAUUAGUUUUAUGCAGUCGUUUGAGUCUAUAGAUCCUGAUUACACAAAGGACAAAGAAAUUAAGGGUAUAAUGGAGGUGAUAGUGAUGAACUGCCUGUUCGAAAUAGAAAAAAAGGGACUGUGGAAUCACGGGAGGUACCUGCUGGAAUCGUUCUGCGACUGGGAUAGUUUGGUUUCAUCUAAAAUCUUUUCAAAGAGAAGGGUCACCCACAUGGGGCGAUACAUCUUCUUGGCGAAGAUAUUCUCCAAGGCGAGGAACUACAAUUUCACCUACGAGAUAUUGCAGUGUCCCAAUCUUAAACUACUUGAACCGCCCGAAAAUUGGCCUUACUUUAAGAACGUUCUGGUGGACCUUGAAAGUAGAAAUGCUGUGUUGAAAGACUUCUUUAAAUAUGGAUACCGUUACUAUAAUAUUGGCGUAUUGGAUAUAUACAGAAGAAUAUUUAAGCGCGGUGGAAUUUUUGGAUUCGACGCAGAAGCAUAUUUCAAUCCGAUGCUCAUAGCGAUAAUCGACGAACAGCGUACUGAUUUACUGAAAUGUUUCCAUCCCGAUAUCGACGUUUAUUAUAAAGUGAUGGAUAAGAAUGUAUUGAGAUCUUUCACCGUAAUAAUAGCGGAACAGCUUUCUCCAGAAAAUCAGUUUAGGUUGUACGAAUUUUGUUGUGAACUUCAAAUCUACACGAAGUUUGUGGGCGGCGAAACCAACAUAACAGUAAGAAAUAACAUGUUUAACAUAGAACUUGAACUCAUAUUGAACUACUACUUCCACAAGAUAUCGGAAACUAGACGGUUACCGGCCGGUAACUUAACAAUCCACAUAAAGCUUAUGGACAACAAACCUCUUUACCCAAAAGUGUUACAAAAGUGCAUACGUAGCAUAAAAGAGAUAAACAACCACGUGAAGAAGAUCCUCACGGACUGUUUUUCCAUUCACACAAUCGAGACAUCCUGUGAACAGCUCACGACGAUAGAAAUUCUAUACGAACAGUUACAGAAAUGGCUCCAGUGCAAUCAAAGGUUUCGUUUUAAGUAG